AUGAACGAUUUAUGCGCUAACAAAUUGCUAAGAUCAGCUGUAGAACGCGAUGCAGAAGGGUAUCUUGCGGACGAGGAAAUCGCAGAUGUUGCGGCCCACCGGAAAGCGGAAGAUGCACAGGUCGAGCAGGAUGAUGGCGAAGAUGAUGGCAACGAUGACGGCGGCGAUGGCGGAGUAGGGAGGGGGAUGGUCACCUCACUGCUCACGUGA